UCCCUAAGAUGAGUUCCAUGAACUUAAAUAGCAACCACGGUCUUGGAGAGCUUGGCAUGAAAGCUGUUAAAUUGGAGCAAGAUAUCAGAAGAUCUUUGCAAGAAAAUGAGUCCCCCAAAUUUGAUUCGAUCUGUCGUGAAGAAUCCAAUUCACUUAUUAGAAGGGCUGAAACUGAAAAAAAUAGAAGAUCGACUGUAUUAAGUGCUCCAAAUAGUGUCCCCGGUCUGGAGUGCGCUCCAAUUGAUGAUUCAAGCUUUUGCUCGACAUCAUCAAUAUCUCCAGCUCCCAUUUGUCGACAGUUCUGGAGAGCUGGAAACUAUGACGACAGGCUUAUUUCUAAGCCAGCGUGUCAAAAUCGCACAGGCUAUCUUCAUAUUCACCCCAAAUUUCUUCACUCUAAUGCUACUUCUCAUAAGUGGGCCUUUGGUGCCGUGGCAGAAUUUCUUGAUAAUUCCAUUGACGAGAUACAAAAUGGGGCCACCUUUGUCUCAGUGGAUAAGACCUCAAAUCCCAGGGAUGGAACUACAGCUUUGUUAAUUCAAGAUGAUGGUGGUGGAAUGAACCCUGAAGCAAUGCGGCGGUGCAUUAGUUUUGGGUUUUCAGAUAAGCAUUCAAAAACUGCAAUUGGACAGUAUGGAAAUGGAUUUAAGACCAGUUCUAUGAGACUCGGGGCUGAUGUUGUUGUCCUUAGCCGCUCCAUGAAGGACAGGAAAUUGACCAAAAGUGUAGGUCUGCUAUCUUAUACAUUUUUAACGCAAACAGGCCAAGAUAGAAUAGUUGUCCCAAUGGUUGAUUAUGAGUUUGAUUCACAUACGGAAACAUGGAAUUCAUUACACGAUGAACAGCAUCUAAAUAAUAAUCUUCCAAUACUCUUAGAGUGGUCUCCAUUUACGACAGAAGCCGAACUUCUGCAGCAAUGUGAUGACAUCGGCCCUCAUGGUACCAAGAUAAUAGUCUACAAUUUAUGGCAUAAUGAUGAUGGAAAAAUGGAGCUUGAUUUUGAGACAGAUCCCGAGGAUAUUCGACUCUGUUCGGAAACUAGAGAUACAACCAAAUUUUCCUCUAAAAUGAAAGCAAAUGAACAGCAUCUUGCUAAUCGUCUUAAAUAUUCACUUCGUGCAUAUUUAUCUGUUUUAUACUUGCGAUAUCCUGAGAACUUUUGCAUAAUAUUGCGUGGAAAAAUUGUUAAGUAUCAUAACAUUGGAAAUGAUCUCCAAUUUCCGGAAUUCAUAAAGUACAGACCUCAAAAUGUUGAGGGUUCGGUCAUCACAACGAUUGGCUUCCUGAAGGAAGCUCCAGAUGUGAAUAUACAUGGUUUUAAUGUCUACCACAAGAAUAGACUGAUACUGCCAUUUUGGCAUGUUGUAACCUAUUCUGACAGCAGAGGCAGAGGGGUUGUUGGGCUUUUGGAAGCAAACUUUAUCAAGCCUAUUCACAACAAACAGGACUUUGAGAAAACUCCAGUUUUCCAAAAGCUUGAAGCCCGUCUGAAAGAAAUGACACAAGAAUACUGGGAUUACCACUGUGGACUCCUUGGCUAUCAAGUUAAGAAACCCCCUCGACCAAUGGCACAUCAAGUUGCACCUAAUCCUGUGUCAGGUCGUGAAGCUGGUAUAUAUCAACCUGUGAUGCUGACUAAGGACUCCUCAGGUGCUGUUGGAGUUAGACUAGAAGCAUCUGGAAUCUCCUUACCAUCCUACCAUCACUGCACAGAGGGAGCAACUCUGAAAAGGAAAAGACAGGGGCAAGUUGUGGAUCCUAAAAGGCCAAAAAUGACGGGAGGCGCAGAUGUACUACAGCAUGCUACCAAUCCUGACAGACAGUUGCAAGACGAAGAAUCCGUUAUGAUAAUUCAAGAAAACCAGAUGCUCCGCUCUCAAUGCAAGGAAUACGAGGAGAUAGACAAAGCGCUCAAUCUAAAGAUUGCAAAACUCAGGGAAGAAAUAUCAGAUGCACGUCGCGAGUACGCUCGCAUGCAGAUAGAAUCGAAAGUUUUAGAGAAAGUGAAAAGGGAAAGGGAAAAUAGGGAACUGAGACAUGUAUGACCAUUUUGCUAAUAAUUUUAACUUGUAUUGGAAAUAUUCAGGGGUAUUUAAUUAUUUUAUUUUUUUCUUUUUA